AUGCUGCCACGCGGUUCGAAAUGCGGGGUACCCAUCCAACAAGAACGCAUAUUAUUGACGCCUCUGAUGAUACCAAAAUCCCCCAAUUUCGACGUGAAAGAUUCUCAAUUCUUCAAGAACUUCACCAACCUGCCUUCUCCGGAAGAAGUCCGCAUGCAAGCCAAAGCUCAACAUCUCGCAGGAGUCCAUCCAGACAAUAGAAAAACCUUCUCGAUGGUCGGCCCUCAUGUGCGACCACCACCUGUGAUAUUCAAGGAUCUAGGACUGUUUGUCAAAUGGGGAGGUGCUGUGAAAAUUUCAGAGGGCCAGUGCCUCUAUGCUAUAGGCCAACUCCUCAAAGAGCAUGUUCUGGUUCCAGAGGUAUACGGGUGGCGGGAGGAUGGCGACGAAAUAUUUAUUUAUAUGGAGUAUUUGCAUGCGCAAACUCUGGAGCAAGGGUGGGAUAUGCUGGGACCUAAUGACCGUGUUUCGGUCUGUUGUGAGCUUCGGACAAUCUACAACAACAUUCGGCAACUUGAACAGAAUCCAGCAGAUCCAUUCAUAGGUAACAUUGUACGAGCUCCACUCUAUGAUAGAGCAUUUCACGUCGAGUCCAUGUCCGAAGCAGGGCCGUUCAAUACCGUUCAGAACUUUCAUGACUGGUUCACUUUCCUAUAUCGAAAGCCAAUGCUCGAUCCAUAUUCUGUUCCAAUCGAACCGUUCCGUCAGGAUCUGCCUGAUGAUAGUGCCAUCAAGUUUACGCAUGGCGAUCUCCACCGCAGCAACAUCUUGAUAACACGCUCUGAGCCCUAUCAUGUUCUUGCAAUCGUCGAUUGGGAACAGUCAGGCUGGCUACCUGCAUACUGGGAGGCCAGAAAAGCACAGUAUACUGCUGAUAGGAAUGACGAAUGGUCCAAAAUAUACUUGCCAAUGAUUUUGUGUCAGUUUACCAGCACUUGGGAUCCAUGGGACUACUACACAAUGGCCAUGGGGUGUUAA